AUGAAGAAAUGUGAGCAUCAAGCCCUACCUGCCGAUGUUCUCACAUCACGCUAUUCGACAGUUCUGCAAGCGGCUAAGCACUCCUUCACUCCAACGGGAACAAGGACAAUCGAGAUACUUCACGAUUAUCUGUAUGCAGCAUACUACAGUGCUGGAGAUCAUCGAUUGACAUGGAAUCUGGCCCUGGAGACUGUUAAUCUUGCCGAGACUCCCGGACUUAUGGGGGAACACACUACUUGGUGUCUUGCCAUACAAGGAGCUCUAGCAGUUGCAGAACUAGAAUUGGCCAUUAUUGACUUGGCCUGCACGACCUUGUCACGAGUAAACACGUUUAUUUCCAGCCCCGAACAUAAAUACUAG